UAUUUAAAGAGACGGUGGGCAGUCUUAAUGAGAAAUGUGUUGUUUUCAACCUUUUUACAUCAUUUGCUCUUCUCCAUCCAGCCUAUAAGAGCUGCACGUCUGGAUGACUCAAACCGUGCUUCCCUUUUAGGCACUUUAUUGAUCCUUUCCUGGUCCUCCCUGCGUGCUGGAUGUGUUCCCUCCCCCCACCGCACUUGUUGCGCACUCUGAGCGCCAGAUCGGAGAGAGAGAGCAGGAGAGAGAGGCGGGGACGCGCUGCAACAGGUGCACUCAGAGCAUCUUCCCCAGCACAGCACCAGGGGCGGAGAAUUGACGCAACCACUUUAGGAUAUUUCACUUUGUUUGUUUGCUGAACUAUUUUUUAAUUCGGCGCGAUUUUCUUUUCACUCGUGAACUUGAAUAAUUUUCCCUUGAAACAGAUUUUUCCACUUCAGGCGGUGAACCCGAACUUUAAAUGCGAGACUAAGACCGUCUGGCUGAGCUCAGAACCGCGUAUCAAGCCAGGAUGCCCGUCCUAUCGAGUCCAGACAUUGCCAACAAGUUUAAGGAGAAAUGGCUGGCUGCGUUCCCGGAGGAUCAGGCCACCGGCUCCGACUUUGCGCCCCUGGAUGACAGCCUGACCAGCCUCCACUGGCUGCAGAAUUUCUCCAUCCUCAGCACCGACCCGGAGCCACUGGCCGGCCCCGGCCCGGAGUGCCCGUCCACCCAGCACCACCUCUUCCUCAAACGCCUCGGCUUCCCCACAGCCGGGACCGACUCACCAUCCAGCCCACCGGCCGGGGACACCGCCGCCGCCGGGAUGCCGCUGUACCCCGGCAGCCCCGUCACCUCUGGCAGUGAAAGCACCGCCGCGCCGCCGUGCUUCUCCAGCUGCGCGCACCCCGCGCCCGGCUUCCCGCAGACCUCGGUCCAAGCGAGCCCGCCGGUGGAGGUGGACUAUAAAACAAACCCCAGGGUUAAACCUCCCUACUCCUACGCCUCUCUCAUCUGCAUGGCCAUGCAGGCCAGCAAACAGCCCAAAGUCACUCUGUCCACCAUCUAUAACUGGAUAACGGAGAAUUUCUGCUACUACAGACACGCAGAGCCCAGCUGGCAGAACUCAAUUCGUCACAACCUGUCCCUCAACAAGUGUUUCAAGAAGGUCCCCAGACAGAAGGACGAGCCUGGGAAGGGAGGCUUCUGGCAGAUUGAUCCUCAGUACGCAGACAUGUUCGUCAACGGCAUCUUCAAGCGCAGGAGGAUGUCUGCCAACCACUACAGCAGCAGCAGCACUGCAGCACAAAGACAGACUAAGCUGGUCCAGGGAUAUCAGAGCCAGAACACCUGUCCUUACCAGGUGAUGGGUGGUAAAAGGAAGCACCUGCCGUCCAAAGACCACGGCAAGCUGGUGAGGUCCACACAGUCCCCUCUUCUAGCCAUGGAAGCCAACAAAGCAGACAUCCUGAAGGGGGACUUUGACCUGGCAUCCGUGUUCGAUGAUGUCCUGGGCGGCAGCUGCAGCACCUUUGAGGACUUAGAUAUCAACACGGCGCUGAGCUCCCUGGGCUGCGACAUGGAAGUCUCCUCCAUGCACGGGAGGCAGCACUCGGCGGGCCUGGGGCGGUGGUGCGGAGCCGGAGACAUGAGCCACUAUCAGUCCUACAGCUACCUGGACCUGAGCGGCUCAUCCAUGGAGGGCUCCGUCAGCAUGGGGCCCCUCAGCGUGCCUCUGCUGCAGCCGCCGCCGCCGCAGAGGCAGCAGCAGCUGGAGCACGAUCAGCUGCUGCUGGGACAUCAUCACCUGCAGCACUUUGAUGAGUCCGCCACGCUGUUCGGCGAGCAGCCGGGAGAAGCUGUGCUGCAGCCGUGGGAGGAGAUUAAAGAAGAGCCGCAGGUCAUUCCCCUGACUCUGGAUCAGGGUUUUGGUCUUUAUGAAGGCUUCCUCACAGAGAUGCAGCAAUGGGAGCGAGUGGAGAGCUAUCUGUGAAUUCACACCUCCAGCCGUAUGGACUGAAGUCAUCGUCUGGAUGAUCGCUGGUUCAUUUCAGAAUAAAUGAUCUGACAUGUAACACAACUCCAGAGCUGCUCUCCUCCAACUGCAUUAGACCGGCCAUGAGAUGAUGAGUAGGUCCUGAUUUGGCUGGUGAACAAACUCUGAAAGGUCUUAGAAGAUGAAGGAAAACAUGAAGCAGUGUCUGACGGUCUGUGAGCUUUCUGCGCUGCAGGCGCGGCUUUUUGGAUCAGAACGGGGUUUGAGGAGCAUCCAGCUGUUGCUCGUCUUCUUCUAGCCGUUUGUAGCUGAUGUUCUGCGGCCUAAUGGCGCUCGUUUCUCCAUUCCUAGCUCCAUUUCGUGCCAUUUUGUUCCAACCUAUUUUCAUUUCAUACCUGUUAGCAAAUAAUUUUGUACCCAUUUACUUUAACCAGUGAAUAUCAGCUUGUUUUCUUUGUAGUUAUGUGUUUUAGUGAAUCUUUCAGAUGGAUAGUUUGAAAAAAGAGGUUUAAAAGUCUUUUUUCCAGGUUAUUUCUCCCCUUGCACUUGUUGGUUAUUGUGAGCUUCUGUGGUUGUUCUGCACCAACGGUGAGUCGGUUAGUGUGCACCAUGGAACGUCUGGGGCCAGCUUCAGUUUAAAACUCAUUUAAAAUAAUAUUCUAAAGGAGUUUAUGAGUCCAAUGUUUGUCUAUCAGUAGUAGGUCACUCAGAAUCAUCUUCUUUUGGUCUGAGAUCAGAACCUGUCGUAUUUUAUAACAAUUAAUGCGUCCAAACUGAAUAAUAUAGUAUAAAACAAAAGCAAAUGAUACAGCAAAUAGUAGCAUUUGGAUCAUUUAUCUCCAAAAAUCACCAAAAACACUCCGCUAUCUCUCUCUCUCUUUCUGAAGAAACGAGAAGGGGCUAAACAUCACGGCACAGGAACAAGUUAAACCAGAUCCAUCUCAAGUCUUUAAGGGACAAAUUUAAAUCAAAUCUAAAGUGUCUAAAUCUGAUAUUUAUAAUCGGACAUUGGAUGCAUCCCAUCAGCUUAAGACACAGAACUGCUGUAGGUUAGGAAUAACUUCAUUAUGUCCAAUUUAUCACAUGCAUACUUAUUAUCUUUAACUCUUCUGGAACACAUUAUCACAUUUAUAAUAAAAUGAUUUAUGGUGUAAAGAUAAAUAUAAAUGUGUUUGGAAGUAGAUAAAUAGAAGAAAAAGGGUUAACACCAAUUAAUGUAGAAUUUCUACGUGAAUUAAACAGGAAGUGCUUUUAUUUUGAAGAACAGUGUCAUAAUUAGGCUAGAUAGCCAGUGAAGGAAUAAGCUGGAGAAUUAAGUUUACCUGAAGCUUUUUAAUAAAGACUGCAGUUUGAUUGGGGUUUUUAUUCUGACGCUACAGCAAACAUGAACAGAUUGUUAUGAACCUUUAACACCUUACAUUCUGCUAAUGUCCUUGGUUAAUAAAUCAAACGCACCCUCUACCAGUACAGCAUGCCUGGUUUCUGGCCUUCCUUCUCUAAAUGCUAAUUAUAGCGUUAAAGAAAACAGACAAACUGGGGAGCUGGCCUUAUCUCUCUUUACCGACUCGUACAUUUAUUUUUCCUCUAAUAACCAGUUUAGUCCACAACUGAUUACAGGAACAACUGGGAACUAGGCUAGGACUCGAGUCCCAGCCUAGUCCCAGAACACGAGUCAGGCCCAGCCAAGUACAUUUUAAUCCAGUUAUGUUUUAUCUUUACCUUUUCCACUGAUUAUGGUUCUGAUGCCAGCUUGGACCAGUUUGGACCUCAGGAAAUAUAAAAUCUCCUGAUCAGACCAGAAUAACUCUGACUGACCUCCUGCUGAUCCAUAAUGUCUGCUGGACUCAUAGAACUUUCUUACUUAAUAUGAUCUAUUAUUGAGAAUCACUAGAAAUCAUCAAGGACAGAUUGGAUGAAAUGAAAAAGGAUCUGGAUCCUCCGGCUAGAAACACUCUCAGCCCGUUUUCAGUCCAUCAAUGAACCCAAACCUACCCACCCUGCAGGAAAAGCUCGUUAAGGUAGAUGUCAUCUACAAUCAUGUGGGCAGCAAACUAUCGAGUUUUCCUUCGCACUGAUCAGAAAGCGUAUCAGACAUUAACUGUAAUGUAAGUUGGGCUACGUUUUUUUUUCCUGUUGAGAGUAGGAGGCGUUGCACUGCUGCAGAGGACCUCCUCUGGUGCGUAGGACCUAAUGGUUGGUACGAAAUGCUCAGAGGUUCAUGAAGCCGUGGAUCAAACGACCAAAGGUAGAAAAGAACCAGCGUCCCGUCCUGCUUUCUGAUCACAAAUAUGAUGGAGGGUAACUGGCGUUUCAUUUUUACAAGACGUUUGCAAACCAUGAUGGAUGGACAGACGACAGAUGAGUCGGUGAAAUGAAACAGGAACAGGAGAGGCUGAACAAACUGUGGUGGACCUACCUCUGUGGAGCAGACGGCUGCUGCUCUGGAGUCGUUCUUCAUCCCAGUAACCGGACUAAAGCUCAACGAUCCGACAUGGAGAGGCUCUGUCGCUGAGAAACGAAGCAUGCAGGAUGUUAUUGUGCUACAUUAGCAUGGACUUUUUUUACUAACGUGCAGAGAAAUUGUCCCGUAUAUGUUUGCUGUGUAACGCUGAAAGAAGAAUCUUUAUGGGGACGUAUAAACUUCAGAAUCAAUAAGAAGAGUUUAGAAAUCAGUCAUCUACAACAUUAUAAUAUAGCUGAUUUAAUAUAUAUUCACUAAAGUGUAAAGCUUGGCCGGAUGAAUCAUCAUCUAUCCUCUGAUACGGUUUGCAGACCAGAAGAAAAUCAUCAGAUUGAACAUUAUGCACUUUUUCUAGGCAGCAGUUUUUAUCAGGAUGCUUUGUUUUAGUUUGUUGUGUUAAAUUAGUUUUACUGACUCUGCUAAAAAGGAAGCACCUCAUGCUGUAAGUGACUUUUAGGACACUGAUCUCCACUCUGCAAUAAUUCAGACUGGCUAGUACUAGUAUGCUUACAUUUAAGCCGUGUUUUUUAUGAAUAAAUGUAAAAGGGGGGUAUUUGUUGAUGACUUUACGCCAAAUCUGUUGAUGAGGAAUAUGCAGUUUGCUGUUGUUUCUUUACUAAUUAAUCAGAAGAGGGUUCUUUGUUUUUUUAAUUGGCUGAUGAAUCUUUUUAAUCCUUUCUGAUCAUUUUGUGUUUGACUUCUUUUAUUUCUAUUGUUCGUUUUCAAACUCCAAUCAGAAACUGAGUAAAAGGUUUAAGGAAUUCAGUUCAUUGUUAACAAGCUAGACUUUGUCAUUGUAAUAAGAUUAAUUAUUGUUGGUCGACUCUGUGUUUAUUUGUACUUUUUUAAGCGGUUUGGCAAUGCAAUCAUGCCUUAAUGCAAUAAAU